ACUUUAUACGUACGUAUGUUAUCAUGAACUGACUGACAAAAAGCAUGAACGAUAUCACAUAUAUUCGACGUGAGCUGAUCGUGUCGUGGUGUCACAUAGCUGUGACAAUGCUUAUAUAAUUUAAAAGCUCUUAGACUUAAUGUUCGUGAUAGUGAAACCGUGCCGUCUCCAAUGCUAACUCCAGGUUACAUGAUCACUUUCUUAUCCAGAGCAUGUUUUUGUAUGAUACUGUACCGAUCAUUACCACCAAAAGUAAGCCUCAUUGUUGCCGCUGUACCACGGGAAGCAUCCUCUUAGUUCAAUACUAUGGAUAUCGAUCUGCUACAAGUGUGCUCUCUACAGCAGGAUGUGGCCGUGUACAUGUUAUGUUUGACUUGUCUGAUGGAGGUACUACAUUUUACAACUGGUUGAAACCAUUCUGAGAUGGAAUUGUUAGAUGGAGAAGUGUUUUAUACAAGUAGAAAUAUCAGCCCAACUGAACAGUGAUGAUGAUACGGAGGUUUCCGUCAGGGCGACCCACUCCCGGGCGGGGCGGAAGCCGUCAGACGAACGGUCGGGGAACACGGGCAAUGGCGUCACCGGGACGUUCACGGUGGAGGAGGCGGUGGAGCAACUUGGAAUCGGCUGGUUCCAGUUCCAGUUGUGGGCCAUCACCGGACUUUUCUCUGUAGCCGAUGCAUGUGAGAUGAUGCUGCUGGCGGUGUUGUCUCCCGUUCUGAGGUGUGACUGGGGCCUCUCCCAGGCACAGGUUGCCAUGAUAACCACUGUUGUGUUCAUUGGUAUGGGUGUGUUGUCGCCCAUGUGGGGAAUGCUGGCGGACAGAUACGGCCGUAGAAAUAAUCUACUAUUGGCAUCGUUCGUGGUGUGGUACUUUGGCCUCCUGACGUCAUUUAGCCCUACGUACGCCUGGGUCCUCAUUCUCCGGGGCCUCGUUGGCGGCGGCAUGGCAGGUAUGCCCCACGGGUUUACGCUUUUAACAGAAUAUCUACCACAGAAAUACAGAGCGAAAAUACUCAUAUUCGGCACGGUGUGCUGGGCUAGCGGAACCAUGUUUGAGAUAUGUCUGGCGGCCAUUGUGAUCCCCCGGCUCGGUUGGCGAUGGCUGCUCUUCCUCUCCUCAAUGCCCUGUCUCGCUAUCAUCGUACUCUUUAAAUUUCUACCACAGUCGGCGAGAUAUUUAGUCGGUGCUGGUCGAAAACAUGAAGCACUUAAAAUUUUGAAGUAUAUUGCAAAGACAAAUAAAACCAAAAUGCCGGAGGGGGAAUUGGUGGCAGAAACGCAGGAAGACCGUGGCAACCCGAAAUUGUUGUUCAGCCGGAUGUACAUGCGGACGACGUUCCAGGUGUGGAUACUGUGGUUCGGCACGGCUCUCACGUACUACGGCAUGGUGCUAGCUAGCGCAGAGAUCCUUCAACUACACAACACCAAGGAGGCAGGCAACCAGGGUUGUAAGUGCAAUCUUCUCAAGCAUGACGACUAUGUGUCGAUGAUCGUGAGUACCCUGGGAGAGUUUACAUCGCUUCCCCUGAACAUGUUGCUGAUUGACGUGAUUGGGCGGCGGUGGACGGGGGCAAUCAACUUCAUGGGCUGCUCAGUUUUCUUCCUGCUCAUUCAGCUGCACGUGUCACAGGGGUUGCUCACGUUCUUCAUCUUCGCUGUUCGGGGUUUCUCCUCGGGAAUAUUCAACUUCGUCUACAUCUACACGUCUGAGGUGUAUCCGACGUCUAUACGCGCAUCUGGACUAGGUUCAUCGUCCAUGUUUGCUCGAGUUGGAGCCAUGAUCACUCCAUUCCUUGCACAGGUUCUACUUGAGGAGUCUCUGACGGCGGCCGUCUGGGUUUACGCAUCUAUCUGCGCGUUCUGCGCGAUCAACGCCGUCCUCCUUCCAAUAGAGACAAUGGGCAAGGCCCUUCCGCAAGUGGUUGCCUGAGUUGGAGAAAUGUCUCAAGGAUGCAUAAUUUUAAACCUGCACAGAUCGACAGAACAUCACUUAUUGCAGUCCACACGAUGACAUUAUUCGCGACGCGUAGAUCAUUUGCCAGUGUUUCUAUUUCACUGAGCAUGCGCCGCCGGAAACGCGCACGUUGUCAAUGGCAACGCUGGUCCCCAGCUCGCUUCCUACUGCAGCUUCAAAAACGAUCUGUAAACCAUAUGGAUCGAGAUCAAAUUGCACCUUUUAUUGAUUCUCAUUACAUGUACCGGUUAAAUUAUUUAUAAUAAAGUUUUAUUUUCGA